AGAGUAUUAUCUCAACUUAAACAUGUGACAGAUAAUCAACGAAACUGAAUGAUGUUAGUAUGUGAGUGGAUAAGAUAUACCGUAUCGCUUUAUUAAUUGAAGUAUCUAUUAACAGCCAUGAACAUCCUGUUGAUAUUUGUCACUUUAUUCAAACUUAUAUAUUACAUAUCCGCACAGAAGACUUGUAAGAAAGUCAAUUCUUGUAAAUGUAAACUGGACGAUGGGAAAGUCAUAGACUUGGAUCCACUGGCGAAAUCAAACGGACCCGCAUUUCUUGAUGUUCUGGACAGCGGAGGAGUAGACUAUUUUUCUUGGAAUCCCUGUAAAUCAUUUUCUGAAGGAGCGUGUAGUAAUGCAGCGGUAUGUCAGACCCAUGCAGGCACUCAGUAUAACUGUGGUACCCAAGACAGUGCGGUUUUUGGUUACGAUGACGCAAACAGUGUUUAUACUAUUACGUAUAGUGCAGACAGCUUUACCAAAAGUAAUGACGUCAGAACGACGACCCUCUACUUAUACUGUGACCAGGGCCCAGAUGUGUUUCAGCCAAUAGGAGAAGCUGUUCAGGGAACCUAUGCAUUGAUUUUCAAAGGUAAAUACGCAUGCCCAAGGGAUGGUGGAGGAAUGUCGGCUGGAACUAUAAUAAUCAUCAUAUUUUUCAGCCUGCUAGCUGUAUAUUUGAUUGGCGGAGUUUUAUUUCAAAUCCUUAUCAAGAAAAAUAGUGGCAAGAAUGCAAUACCUAAUUCCAGUUUCUGGAUCGGACUUCCGGGCCUAAUUAAGGAUGGUGUAUUUUUCAUUGUAAGAAGAGGAGGAAAAAAAGGAACCUACAACAAUAUAUGAAGCCUUGGAAAAUAAACAGCUGCUAGAGAAAAAAAAUCCUAGGUUUGCGUCCAGAGAUGUUUGAUAA